GAUGUGGGUAGACUUCCAGCGCCAACCCCCGGAGACGCAGAGCACAUCCGGUUUUAGCAGAGCGGGGAAGCUCCGGAGAGGUGGGCUAAGAAGCGGAGGCUGUGCUGAACAGACUUGGAGCCAUGAAUAUAUUUGAUCGGAAGAUCAACUUUGAUGCCCUCUUAAAAUUUUCCCACAUAACUCCCUCGACACAGCAGCACCUAAAGAAGGUCUACGCCAGUUUUGCACUAUGUAUGUUUGUGGCGGCAGCAGGGGCCUAUGUCCAUGUGGUCACACACUUCAUCCAGGCUGGCCUGCUCUCCGCCCUGGGCUCCUUGGCCUUGAUGAUCUGGCUGAUGGCCACACCUCACAGCCGUGAGACUGAGCAGAAAAGGCUGGGGCUUCUUGCUGGCUUCGCCUUCCUUACAGGAGUUGGCCUGGGACCUGCUCUGGAGCUGUGCAUCGCUGUCAACCCCAGCAUCCUCCCCACGGCUUUCAUGGGCACGGCCAUGAUCUUCACCUGCUUCAGCCUGAGUGCCCUCUACGCCAGGCGCCGGAGCUACCUGUUUCUGGGAGGUGUCUUGAUGUCAGCUAUGAGCCUCAUGUUCUUGUCCUCCCUGGGGAACCUUUUCUUUGGAUCCAUUUGGCUGUUCCAGGCAAACCUGUACCUGGGGCUGCUGGUCAUGUGUGGCUUUGUCCUCUUUGAUACUCAGCUCAUUAUUGAAAAGGCUGAAAACGGAGAUAAGGAUUACAUCUGGCACUGCAUCGACCUCUUCCUGGAUUUCAUUACACUCUUCAGGAAGCUCAUGCUGAUCCUGGCCUUCAAUGAGAAGGACAAGAAGAAAGAAAAGAAGUGAACUGGCCGCUAGCCUUCCCAGCUCGCCUCCUCUCCCUCCGCCCCAUGUCUUUGCACACAUCACAGGUGUCGUGUUCUAUGAUAAUGAAAAGCAUCAGGAAAGCUUUUGUACUUUGUGGUUUUCUCUAUUUUGAAUUUUUUGAUCAAAAAACUGAUUAGUGAAUAUAGUUUGGAGUUUGGCUUCGUGUCCUGGGGUUCUUCUCCCUUUUCUGUCCUCCCAUCACGGCCACUCCCUCUGCCCGGGCAGCCAGUGCCCCAGAAGAAGUAAGAGCAGAAGUUUGCGCCCUGCCAUGCCUCUGCAGACGGACCCCACGCUGCUGCUGGAUCCACUUCGGCUCUGUGGUUCGGUUCUCACAGUUCCAGUGACACUAGGCAGUGUGUUUGCCCUGGGAAGGAGCUUACCUGUCCUGAGCUGCCAGGCCUGCCACAGAGUGGAUUCUGGUGGGUGCUUCCUUCCUCUGCUGCCUAAUUAGUCUGACAAAUGGCUUCUGCCUUGCCACGAUGAUGGGAUGGAGAUUUGUAAGAGGUCUUUUCACUCCUGAGCAACCCACAGGGAACUUACCUGCUUUCCAUCGGUGGGUGGGAAGACUUGAGUACAGGGAGGAACAUGAAGAUCUGAGUAUGUGUGGCAAGUAAAGAGAACAAUCCCAAGUUUCCCUAUUGUAGUUUUCUUUGUUGGUUCUUAGAAUUAUCAACCUUUGUUAUUGAUUGGUCUUCACUAGGUGGCUGUGGCUAAAAAUCUUGGGGAAAGGAUAGGAAAGGAGACUGGUUGAGCCUCAGGGCUAAUUGUACUGAGUCCUGCCAGACACGCUUAGCUAAGGGCUGCAGCUCCGGGUGACCGUGCGGGGUCGGUGAGGUGGGGCUGAUGACUCUCAGAAGCUCUUCAGUGCAUUUCUGUCUGCCUGCCUGGACACAAUUCGGGAGUGUCAGGCCAGAGCUGAGGCAGCAGGUAACAAUCACUAACAGAUGCACUUUAGUUAUUUGAGUUUGUUCACCUGUUUCCAGAAAUUUUUGGUCUUUUGGGCAGAAGCCUGUUGACCAGACUGUGGGCCAUCAUAGUCUGCACAGAAAAGUGGCACCCGGAGUGGUUGUGGCCCUGGCUACCAAGCCAUUGGCAGUAGGAUGGUGGUCUGGGCUUUCUUUGCUCACAGCCAGUGCAGUUGACACAGUGGCCACUGGCUCACUGUCCAAUGAGACCGCUCUGGACUGGUGCACUCAGAGUGGUGUGUGCAUUGAAGUGCCGCCCUGCUUGCCUGAUGCCUUCCCUGGCUUGAGCUUACUACCUAAGGGAUAGCAGCGGCUCCCAGAACACUGACGCUGCGAGGCCUCAGGACCUGACUGAGUUCCACCUCUUGAAGCCAGACUCCACCUCUUGUGCUUUUUUGCUUGGGAAAAAGGAGUUUUUCUUUAGAAACAGUGCCAAGAAUGAUAAAGAUAUAAAACUACUUUUAAAUAAAAUGUCUUAACAGGUUUUUAACACAGGCAUCUUUGCCAUCUCCACUCUGUUCCCUGUUCUUUGUUUCCAGCUCAGGCUGCGUUCUCUAACUCAUACUGUGAAGACAACGGUGUUUUUGAUUAAAAAAAUAUAUCUACAUAGUCUUAAUUUGUAAAAAAUAAAGAAAAUUCCUUAACCUUU